AUGUCUCAAAGUCAAUCCCAACAAAGUUCAUCUACUGAUCCUACAAUGAAUUCUGCUGAUCAUCUUGUUGAACAUGUUUCCAUUCAUGAAGCUUCAGCUUUACAGUUUAAAGAUGUGUUUUCUAGAUAUGUUGAUAUUGAUGUUGAAUUUCGUUAUGCGCCGACUGAAUUUGAGUGGAGCCAAGUGGAAGAUAUUUACCAGUUUUUAGGAGUUUUUCAUGAGAUUACAAAUAUGAUUUCUGGAUCUGAAUAUCCAACGGCUAAUAUUUUCCUCCCUCAGUUGUAUCGGAUUAAAGAGCUUCCUAAUGAGAAAUCCACACAUAUUAGGUCUAUGGCAUUAAGAAUGGAAGAGAAAUUUGACAAGUAUUGGGGAGACAGUAAUGUGUUGAUAUCUUUGGGUGCUAUUUUAGAUCCAAGAUAUAAAAAAGAGCUUAUUGGUUUUGUUUUUUCAAUAAUUUAUGGUAAGGAUGAAGCUUCAAUUUACGUGGGUGAUAUCAAGAAGAUUUUGUAUGAUCUUUAUGAUGAGUAUGUCAUGAGUUACACUUCCGAAGAGAGGCCUCCGAUUGUAUCGAAGUGUAAACAUUCUGAAAUUAGAGGGUCUUCAACUUCUAACUCUUUGGGAUCUAGAGGGGUUGGAAUUGAAGUUUUAACCGAAAAAGCAAAGUUUCAUAUGCACGUGAGUAAGUCUAAUAAAGCCUCGCCACAAAAAUCUGAUUUGGAUGUUUAUUUGAGUGAAAGUAAAUAUGAUUGUGAUGCCAAUGCAAACCUUGAUGUUUUGGGUUGGUGGAAAAGAGAAAGAUUGAGGUUUCGAGUAUUGGCGAGGAUGUCAAUUGUGAAGGCUUUCUUAAUCAUUGUUUGA